GGUUUUAAUUUCUGGCAAAUUUUCAGAUUAGAUGGAGAAAGGGAUUGGAUUUGAGAGAGAGAAGAAGACAGUGAGUGAUGAUGGGUUUGUCGGAGGUUUUUUCCCUGUCUCUACCACCAAGAUCGCGUGGAAGUCAAGAAAAAGAUCAGCAUCGGCGAACCCAGACAAGGCACCGGAGGUUGUUAUGGAGGUCACACCAGAGAAGAACGAGAUAACAGCAAUGGAGACCGACAAAGUUGGGGAACCAACGACCACAACUCCUCUUCUGUCUGAGAAAAGGAAAGCUCUGUUCGAGCCACUUGAACCCAUUACGAACUUGAACGGAAAGCGACCAACAGCGGCUGAUUCAUUGUUGCCACCGCCGGAUUUCGAGACUGCAAACUACCCGAAAGGCUGGUUGAUCGGUAAGAAGAGGAAACUAGUGAAUGUUGAUGUAGUUGAGAGCAUGCGAAGAAUCGCUGUCCAAGAAAUGAACAGAAAGGAUCGAGAGAUAGAUGGGUUAAACGAGCAGCUAGAAGAGGAUUCACGGUGCUUAGAGCAUCUUCAACUUCAGCUGCUACAAGAAAGAAGCAAGAGAACAGAGAUUGAAAGAGAGAACACAAUGUUGAAAGAGCAAGUCGAUAUGCUUGUCAACAUGAUACAAGAAGAUGAAGAAGAAGGAGCUGAAGAACCCUAAGCUAGUUUUCAUCAAACUUAUGUCCCACCUAUAAUAGCUGUGCUCUGUUUGUUUAUUCUUUUGUAGAUUUGUCUCGUCCAUAAGAAGGAAGAAAAGAAAGAAGCUUUACCAUGUAUUAUUUGGUUAAGCUACUGUUGUUCCCUUGUGUUAGAACAAUUACAUAUCAAG